AUGUCUUCUGAGGUCGCACUGCCGAAGAUCAGGGUGAUCGAUACACAUAAUCUGGCUGGGAGCGCUACUGGCACAAAUGGCACAUCCGGCUUGGAGUCUCCCUCGAAUACCACGGAUGGCGGUACUGCUGGAAGGCCGAGGUCUGCAACCUCUUCAGAAGAGUCUAUGCCAGGUCUACUAAAUAUGUGCAAAUGCUGCUACUGUGCUUCCCUCAUCGUUGUUGCGCUUACGCUAACCUGUCUUGCUGCUACCUUAGGCAAUGCACAGCCAAAUACCAAGAAAUCACCAAUCAAAUUGGUAAGGAAUACUGGAUCAAGCAAAGAUAUAAACGGAGGGAAAUCGUCUGCAGCGGCAGGACGGGCUCCAACAGCUAUCGAUCCGCUCUCACAUCACAUCCUCAAACGUACCAACACCGAGAAUACCAUCCCUCCAAAGCUACGCAAUGCUGCCGCCAUAGACAGCACCAACGUCGAAGUUGGGACUCCCAGUAGCCCUGAAAUAGGAACACCUGGAAGGCAAAAUACACCUGAGAUUAUUCGAAGUGAUAGUAAUCCCGUAAAAGAGAAGAAAAAAGGCGUCUCGUUCCUCAGUCGGUUUAGCAUCAUCGGCGGAAAGAAAAAGGAUCAAUCCUUCGAUGGCGAUGAUGAUGAAUCGGAGCCGGGCGACGCGCGUACGGAAGGGAUGAACGCGCAUGUUUUCUCUUCUUCAAUAGGUGCGAACGGGUACAUGCCGCAGCAUAAAGAGCCGCCAAGGUACAUCAAGGUUCGAGCACAUAAUAAGAAGUCCAGGGAGUUCGAUCGCAUGUUUCUGGCACAAGAAUUGAGUGGUACCAAGCAUGAUUCCUCAGACGAUAAGGUUCCGGGUCUCACAACUACAACGGAAGUACACUCUGGUGGAGGUAAGCUAUCAAAAGCACAUAAGUCGAGUGGAGCUAUAUGGGCCACGGAGUUUAGCAAAGAUGGCAAAUACCUAGCAGCAGCCGGUCGAGACCAGGUCGUAAGGGUAUGGGCAGUAAUCUCAACGCCGGACGAGAGACAUGCUCAUGAAGGUGAGGAGGAUAUGUCUUCAAGUGCUUCCGGGGUCGAACGCUUAAGUACUCCUGUUUUCAGGUCAAAACCGAUUCAAGAAUUCGGUGGCCACACAGGAGAUAUCCUUGAUUUAAGUUGGAGCAAAAAUAAUUUUCUGCUGUCCUCAUCUAUGGAUAAAACAGUGCGGUUAUGGCACAUCAGUAGAAAAGAAUGCCUCUGUACUUUCAAACACAAAGAUUUUGUUACUUCGAUCGCAUUUCAUCCCACGGACGACAGAUUCUUCCUUGCUGGAUCACUGGACUCGGUCCUGCGAUUAUGGAGUAUUCCUGAUAAGACAGUGGCAUUUUGGAACCAACUGCCCGAUCUGAUUACUGCCGUAGCAUUCACUCCGGAUGGCAAGACAGCGAUGGCUGGAGUACUGAGCGGACUUUGUCUCUUUUACGAGACAGAAGGGUUGAAAUACCAGGCACAGAUCCACGUGAGAUCUUCUAGGGGAAAGAAUGCGAAGGGAAGCAAGAUCACGGGGAUCCGAACAGCAACACGGCCUGGAGAUCCAGAAGGUGACAUCAAAGUCUUGAUAACGAGCAACGACUCCCGAGUUCGAAUGUAUAAUCUCAAGGACAAGAGCUUGGAAAUGAAGUUCAGGGGCCACGAAAAUAUCUGCAGCCAGAUCAAUGCUAGUUUUAGUGACGACUUUCAAUAUGUCAUUUGUGGCAGUGAGGACCGGAAAGCCUACAUCUGGAACACCGCAGCGAUUGAGGGCGAAAAUAAGGACAAGAGACCGGUGGAGUACUUUGAAGCUCACGCAGACAUGGUCACAACUGCAGUGAUCGCUCCAAUUAGAACGAGACAGCUCCUAAGUGCCUCUGGUGAUCCUAUUUACGAUCUCUGCAACCCGCCUCCAAUUAGGUUAUUGAGCAGAGAGGAGUCGAAUGCGUCAUCUAUGCCUCGACAAGAUUCGGAAAAACGGCUUUCCGACGCUGUCAGUGAGCCUCCGUCGAAGAAGCCUGAGGAAUCCCCUGCAUAUCUUGCCCGAUGUACGCAUCUGGACGGUAAUAUCAUUAUCACUGCCGACUAUCUAGGUAGGAUUAAAGUGUUUCGUCAAGACUGUGCUUACCAAAAGCGUCGUAAUGACCAUUGGGAGACAAGCUCGGCGUUCUCCAAGAAAGUGUUGGGGCGUAGCAGCUCCAUUAUGACAAAAGCCUCCGUUGGCUCUCACUCUCGACGCAAUUCCACCUCUCAGAACUCCUUGGCAGGGCUACCAUCAGAUCAUAUUCUAUCUUGGCGGAAUACUGUAUUAGACAGCAGUCCUCGAAGUGCCGCCAAAACAAUCGAAAGUGAUCGCAGUGUUUCACCUGGAAAAUUCAACAGAAGCUCUCAGUCUACUUCUAACUCUCAAAACAACCUGGCAAGCGCUGCUCGACAGCAGCCGUAUGCCGGAACUCCUCUUACGCAAACAACCUCAAGUGUCGCUACAACGAGUCCGCCCCAAAGUCUAUAUAAAGCAACGACCAAUAACCAACCACCCACCCCAAGUUUCAGCUUUCAAGGUGCAGAUGAUAAUGGACUGAAACUGGACGCUUCUGGGAAGAGUUAUCAAUUCUGGAAUCCGGCAUCAUGGAAAAACCCAAACCAGUCCGGUUCUAAGCUGGAUGCGGAUGGUUUGAGACCGCCAAAUAACAGAGGAAAUAGUGAGGUGAGCAAACUGAGUAGCGACGAAACAACAUCAGGGGAGCUAGACGACGAAAGCGACAGCGAAGCUUUAUCAUGCAAGAAAUGCGGCGGUAGAGAUUUCAGGGCGCGGAAAGUGGUCGGGAAGGGACAGAGGCUGGUCUGUACAAAGUGCGGAAUGACAGCGGAUUAA